AUGGAAGUGCAUGACACCAGAAGUUCAUCCAACGACUUGUCCAGCGCGCCGCCGAGCGAUGCUGAGAGCACUCCCGGACCUCCAAAUUAUCACCCAGCGCAUCGCGACUUGGGCGUAGCAGGCAAUCUUGGUGUUGCAAACAGUUUCAGCGCGCGACAAACCCAACCGGGUCCCGGUGCAGGUGUCAGUGCCUCACCAGCCACAGCUGCAGGUGCACGCCAAGACAACGGCGCAGCUGCGCCUCCCAUCAGGAGACCCCGGAAGAAGCGCGACCCCAACACGCCUGAAGAGAAGAAACCACGAGUUCCUCGUAAGCCUCGGGGGACAGGGCCCACAGCUACAGGUGCACGUAAGAAGACCAAAACAGAGCCACCAGAACAAGGCAGCUCCCUUCUCAUGCCUCGUCCUCAAAAUGCAGGCCUGCAGGCGUCCACUCUGGUUCAACCAGUUUUGUUCUCACCUCCCCCAGGAACCGCCGACAGCCGCCGAGAUGAAGCCGCCAACUUUACCGGAUCCGGCCUCACGAUGCAUAACCCACAGAUGCGCGCCAGCACACCCCCUCGGCGGAUCUAUGAAUAUCAACCACGUGAAUAUGGAAGCAAACCACACGCCCCGCCGCCGCCGACUCCUCCUCUUCCUUCACAAUCCUCCCCUCCUCGCGCAACUAGCAUGUACGAUCCCAUCAGAUCUGUCCAGCGACCUGUUGACACCAACCCGCCUGCUCCACCCUCCGUCCGACCUGCCGUCACUCCUCCAAGAAGGACCGACAACCCGAGCACAUCUCCAACCAUCUCCAGCAUCAUCGAUCACCCUCCACAACCCGACAUCUCGACGGCUACAACCGUGGUUACGCAUCAGGUAAAGACGGAGCCUUCUCACAAUCAGACCAAUGGCAGGGUAGUCGAUUCGCCAAGAGUCAACGGCAAUUCCUCAGCAGCUAUGGAUGUAGACCACAUCACUCCAGACCAAGUGCAGCACAGGAAGCCCGGCCCUUCAAGAAAAGUGCCCUCGGAAGCGUCCACUCGUCCCACCUCCCCCAAGCCUGCUCGGUCAAAGGAGCAGCCACCGCCACCGCCAAUGGGUUCUGGGCUUUUGUCGGCCAGUCUGUUCGGAGGUGAUUCGAGUAGCGAUAUGCCAAAGGACUCGGAAAAGGGCCCUAAUAUCGUCCUACAUGUCGACUUGAAGAACCCCAGUAAUCGAGUCAUCAACUUUGCGCGUAUGGCCGAAGAAAAAUAUGGGUUCGCGGCCCUGUACCCUCGUCAAGCCGCUCAAAAAGAACGACUGGCCAAGAUCGCCGCCGCCGGUGCUGCGCUCGAAAGGUCAGCAUCAGGCAGCAAGUUUGGAGGCACGUCAGCCGGGGACAGUGGCGACGAAGAUCUCAGCGUCGACAUUGAGCGUGAUUCAGAUAACGACGGAGACGUCGCAAUGUCUGGAGUCAACGGCGGUCAAGAACCACCAAAUAGUGGGACUGACGGGCCCGGGCCAAAACGUCGACGGCGAAGAAAGGUAGAGGAGUACGAUCAAGACGAUCCCUUUGUGGACGACAGCGAAUUACUCUGGGAAGCGCAAGCAGCAGCUAGCAAGGAUGGAUUCUUUGUUUACUGUGGACCGCUUGUACCGGAGGGAGAAAAACCAGCUGUCGAGAGGGCGGAUGGCACGAUCAAGCGGGGCCGUGGCCGAGGUCGGGGCGGAGGUCCUGGUUCUCGCGGCGGAAGAGUAGCCACUUCUGAAAGAUCUGGGAGAGGUGGAGGACCUGGAUCCCGGGGAGGAGGUGUGACACGAAAGCCUCGAAUUACAAAAGAUGACCGAGCACAGAUGGAGCGAGAAAAACUCCAGCGAGAGAAAAUGGCGCCACUGGUAGCAAAGCCCACAGCAUAUCCUGGUUGA